ACGACUUUCUAGCGACGGAAGUAAAAGACAUAUUUGCUAGUGUUCACAAAAAAACAACAACAACAACAACAUAACGAAAGCACUAAAAAAUUUUUACACAAACAGUGGAAUUCAUCAUGGAUGCUGGAGCUGAUCGGAAGAGAGUACGUGAAGAGGAAGUGGAUUCUGAACUGUCAGAUGAUGACUACGUUCCCUAUGUGCCCAUCAAGCAGAGGAAACAACAGAAGUUACAAAAACUGAUGCAAAUCCGCCGCAAAGGAGUGACGGAAGAAGAGCAGGACAGCGGCAGUGAUCAGAGAGGAGAUGAAGAUGACAUUCCCUUGGGACCCCGGUCCAACGUUAGUCUUUUGGAUCAACACCAGCACCUGAAAGAGAAGGCUGAAGCUCGAAAGGAAUCUGCCAAGGAAAAACAGCUAAAGGAAGAAGAGAAAAUCUUGGAGAGUGUAACAGAAGGAAGAGCUCUUAUGUCUGUAAAAGAAAUGGCAAAAGGCAUAACCUAUGAUGACCCCAUAAAGACCAGUUGGAAAGCCCCACGCUACAUUCUUACAAUGUCACAUGCACGCCAUGAUCGUGUCAGGCGCAAAUAUCACAUUUUGGUGGAGGGUGAAGGAAUACCCCCACCUAUCAAGACCUUCAAGGAAAUGAAACUACCUGCAGCUAUUUUAAGGGGAUUGAAAAAAAAGGGAAUUCAGCAUCCGACCCCUAUACAGAUCCAAGGAAUCCCAACUAUAUUGGCUGGUAGGGAUAUGAUUGGCAUUGCUUUCACUGGAUCUGGGAAAACUCUGGUUUUUACACUACCUGUAAUCAUGUUCUGCUUGGAGCAAGAGAAGAGAUUACCCUUCACUAAGAGGGAAGGACCAUAUGGACUCAUCAUAUGCCCGUCGAGGGAGUUAGCGCGUCAGACACACAGUAUUAUUGAUUAUUACUGCCGGUUACUUCAAGAAGAUGGCUUCCCAGUAUUACGCACUGCUCUCUGCAUUGGUGGAAUGUCCGUCAAGGAGCAAAUGGAAACUAUCAAGCAGGGGGUGCAUAUGAUGGUGGCAACACCUGGUCGGCUCAUGGACCUUCUGCAGAAGAAGAUGGUGAGUUUAGAUAUCUGCCGUUACUUGGCUUUGGAUGAGGCUGAUCGCAUGAUAGACAUGGGUUUUGAGGAAGACAUCAGGACAAUCUUCUCCUACUUUAAGGGGCAGAGACAAACUUUGCUUUUUAGCGCCACUAUGCCCAAAAAGAUCCAGAACUUUGCCAAAAGUGCCCUAGUAAAACCAAUAACUAUUAACGUUGGAAGAGCGGGUGCUGCCAGUCUGGAUGUAAUUCAGGAAGUAGAAUAUGUAAAGGAAGAAGCAAAGAUGGUUUAUCUGUUAGAAUGUUUGCAGAAGACUCCCCCUCCUGUCCUGAUUUUUGCUGAGAAGAAAGCAGAUGUCGAUGCUAUACAUGAGUAUUUGUUACUCAAAGGUGUGGAGGCAGUGGCUAUUCAUGGAGGAAAGGACCAAGAGGAAAGAACUAAAGCAAUAGAAGCUUUCAGGGAAGAAAAGAAGGAUGUUUUGGUCGCUACAGACGUUGCAUCCAAAGGUCUGGACUUUCCUGCUAUCCAGCAUGUAGUUAACUAUGAUAUGCCUGAAGAGAUUGAGAACUACGUUCAUAGAAUUGGACGUACUGGAAGAUCAGGUAACACUGGAAUAGCAACCACUUUUAUCAACAAGGCAUGCGAUGAAUCUGUGUUGAUGGAUCUAAAAGCUCUUCUCAUCGAGGCAAAGCAGAAAGUGCCCCCUGUUCUUCAAGUGCUCAACAGCAGUGAUGAGACCAUGCUCGAUAUUGGAGGGGAAAGAGGCUGUGCGUUUUGUGGUGGUCUGGGCCAUCGUAUUACAGACUGCCCCAAGUUGGAGGCCAUGCAGACCAAACAAGUCAGCACCAUUGGAAGGAAAGAUUACCUGGCCACCAGCUCAAUGGAUUUCUAAGGAAGAUGAUAAAUGGUGUGGCAGCACUGCACAAUAUUAUUGCAUUUUCUCUUUAUGCUGGAAACGGUUAAGAAAACUUUUCAGGAUGGCCCUCCUGCAAUAAAGACUGCAGUGGACAAAGUGACAUCCCAGCCUCACUAUUAACUCCUGAUGGGUGCGCUUCAGAGACUGGUUUGUUAUUUUUCACCACUGGGCAGACAACAUAGGUUUCCAUGAAACAUUUUAUCUGCUCGAAAACCGGCUAACGACUGUAGUCUGAAACUAGGGCACAUUUAUCGAUUUUAUCGAUAUAAACAUGAUGUACAAAUGUAAAUUGUUGAAACUUUGUAUUUUUUUCUCUCUGAGCUACAUUGUCUUAGAUACAUAGCUAUCUAUUGUCACUGUUUUGUUUUGCAUGUGUACAUGUUUAAUAAAGGUUGACAUUUA